AUGCCGACCGCCCUCCGCACCUUCACCCUCAACUUCGUCGGCGACGUCAUGCUCGGUCGCCUCGUCGACCAACUCUGGCCCCAGCACGUCGACAACGCCCACGAACGCCGCAUCGUCUCCUACUUCAUCGAGCGCUACCCCUACCUAAGCAACUACACCCACCGCGACCCCUGGGGCUCCGCGCUACCACUCUUCCACAACUCCGACCUCAACCUUAUCAACCUCGAAACCUCAGCAACAACCACCAACGACCCCUGGCCCAACAAGGCCUUCAACUACCGCAUGCACCCCGCGAACGCCGCAGCCCUGCGCGAAGCCCGCAUCGACUACGCCAGCCUUGCAAACAACCACACCCUCGACUUCGGCACAGACGGCCUAAUUGAGACAGUCUGGACAAUGAAGGAGUCCAAGAUCGCGUUCGCGGGAGCCGGCGAGACCACAGACGAGAGCCGGCGGCCGGCGAUCCUGCGUCUUCCGCGCUGCGCAGCGGCCGCGCAUCACGGACACGCACACGCACAGGACAACCAUGAUCAAUCGGGCAAAUCUUACAGCGUGCACGUCUGGUCGGCCUCGGACCACCCGCGCGACUGGGCCGUCGUGUCAAACUUCCACCUAAUCGACUACUCGGCGCGAACAAGAGAGCACCUGCGCACGCUGCUAACUUCACCUCCAACGUCCCCGGACACGGCCGACAAACCCGCGCUCAAGAUCUUCUCCGUCCACUGGGGACCAAAUUAUACGUGGCAGCCGGAGGAGAAGAUCCGCUCGCUAGCGCAUUUCCUGAUCGACGAGUGCGGCGUGGACAUUGUGCAUGGCCAUUCCUCGCACCAUGUGCAGGGUGUCGAGCGGUACCGGCGGAAACUCAUCAUCUAUGGGUGUGGAGACUUUGUGGAUGAUUAUGCGUUGAACGAGGAGUAUCGGAAUGACCUUGGAGCUGUGUGGAGGGUAUGUGUGAGGGAGGAGCAGGAUGAGGAGAGUGCUGGCCCGGAGAGUUGUAGGUUAGUGUUGGAUCGGCUGGAGAUCUUUCCGACCCGUUGCGAUCGUUUUCAGGUAACUUUGUUGGAUCCUGAUGAUGAUGAUCAUCUCUGGGUGAAGAGGAAGAUUACCCGGUUGAGCGAGGAUAUGGGGACCAACGUGCGUAGGGAUUUAGGGAGGGAACAUCAGGUCAUAGUGGACCUGAGGGAUUGA